AUGGCCAGCGUCGACACCUCGCUCCCCCCGGAGCCGACAGGCGCUGCCGCCGACCUGGCCGCUCGCCACGCCCAGCAACAUGCCCUGAAGCUGUACGGCGGCUGGUUCUGUCCCUUUGUCCAGCGGGCCUGGAUCACGCUGUGCGAAAAGAAGAUCGCGCACCAGUAUGUCGAGAUCAACCCCUACAACAAGGAGCCCGCCUUUCUCCAGAUGAACCCGCGCGGCCUCGUUCCCACCUUGGCCGUGCCCACGGACGAUGCCGGCAAGCACCAGCAGCCGCUGUUUGAGAGCCUCGUCAUCUGCGAGUACCUCAACGACGCCUUCUCCGACGAGGCCAAGCAUGGCCCGUCGUUGCUCCCGUCCGGCCCCUACGACAAGGCCCGCGCCCGGCUCUGGAUCGACCACAUCAGCACCCGAAUCGUCCCGGCAUUCUACAGGCUCCUCCAGCACACCCCGGACAAGGCCUACUCGCUCGACGAUGCGCGCCACCAGCUCCACGGCCACCUUCGCGCUCUGACGGAGCACAUGGACCCGGCCGGCCCUUGGUUCCUGGGCGGUGACAUGAGUCUCGUCGACAUCAGCUUGGCACCGUGGGCACGCCGCCUGUGGCUCAUCGACCACUACAAGCCCGGCGGGCUGGGCAUUCCCACCGCCGGCGGCGACCAGGUCUGGGCUCGGUGGAGGAAGUGGAUGGACGCGGUUGCGAAUCGGCAAAGUGUCAAGGACACCUGGAGCGAUGAUGAGCGGUACUUGCUGGCCUACAAGAGGUACGCCGAAGACACGACUAACUCCUUGGUCGGCCAGGCCACGAGACAGGGCCAGAGCCUGCCAUAG